AUGUUACUAAACGUUGAAGAGUUGCAGAAUUCCCUUGAAGAUCCUUCGUUUGUCGUAGAUAUAUACAAUAUUGGAAGAGGAUUUAUUAAAAACAAAAAUACCAAUGGUCCUCGCAUUAUAUCUAGUGAGAAACUAUCUAUAUGGCGAAUUGAAGAUGAUAAAUUACUACCUAUACAAGCUGGAAACACCUUUCACAACGCAGAAAGCUAUUUAAUACAAUGGGAUUUUACAUACACCGCUACUAUCGAGAGUAAAAACGAAACAAUAUUUUUCAAUUGGAAAGGUUCUAAUGCUACAAAGGGGCUGUCACCUCUUCCAGAAGGUUUUGAUAACAAUACCUCUAUCGUAGAACGUGUUGUACAAUGGAGCGAACCUCCCGUAUUCUUUCAUGCACUUUCAACUCCCUUAAUCGUAUUAAAUGGUAAACACGAAGAGUUUAGAGCUGAAUCCCCGCAUUUAUUUAUGGUUCGAGGGGAACUGUCCCAAGAGCUCCAUCUCUACGAGUUACCUUUUACGAGGAAAAACCUACGAAGUAGAGGGAUGUUUCUGAUAGUCGAACCUGCUCGUCGAACAAUUUUUAUCUGGAAAGGCUGCAGAGUGGAUAAAAAUGUGGAAUUAAACGUUAAAGAAAUUAAUUUUGGGGAUGUCUUGAAAAACUGCAUAGAACUCUACAAGCACUUUGAUGUAGUGGAGAUUGAAGAAUCCAAUGAUGGUUCUUUAUUUGGAGAUGAUAAAGAGAGUUUUUAUCACGUAAAAGAAGAAUGCAACUUCUCGCCUAGAUUGUUUUAUUUAAAUUUUGUGACUGGAGAAUUUCUAGCAACAGAAAUAGAAUACUCGUUGAGAAAAACCGAGCAAAUUGCAGCUUUUCCGUUUCUACAAUCGCAUAUUAGUGUUUACGAUCAACCAGGGUUAUUUUUGCUGGAUAAUAACCAUGAGAUCUGGUUAAUCUGGAACGAAAUGAAACCCGAUAACUGCCAGGAAUUUUACGAUUUAGGUGUUGAUGCAGCUACAAGAUAUGCUAAACUUCGAGAAAAUACACUGAAGAAACAUGUACCUGUUAAAUCUACUGGAAUCGAAAGCGAUCAUCCCGAAUUUACCAACAUUUUCCCUUAUUGGAAAUAA